AUGAGCCAACGCAUGUUUAUUGUUGGGCAUACCGUCAAUCUUUUGGACGGAGUUCUGAAUAUGAGCUUCGACAUUGUCGGGACCACUGGCAACAUCUACAAAACCACCAUUGGGAAGGUGCCAACCUGCGACUGUCCAGAUGCACGCAAGGGUAAUCAAUGCAAGCACAUCUGUUAUGUAUUGAUCAACGCUCUCAAAGCGCCGGCGGACCUUCAGUAUCAGCUGGCAUUUCUAUCAUCGGAACUGCGGGCGAUAUACAAUGGUUCCUCGCUCAGCAAAGAGCAAUCUACAGAGGAAAACGCUGGCAACAGGAAACCGGUCGAGGGAGACUGUCCAAUAUGCUUCAUGGAAUUCGAGCCCGAAAAAGAGGACAUUGUAUGGUGUCGAGCUGCCUGUGGGAACAACAUUCACAAGACUUGCUUUCAUCAGUGGGCCGCCACCCAGCAGGCACAGGGCGUCAGAUGCGUCUAUUGUCGUGCACCCUGGCAGCCGGAUACCGAAAAUAUGAAUGUGGAGGAGCUCUCGCGCCAAGGCAAAGUCAGAUGGGAUGGAUACGUCAAUGUGGCACAGCAUUUUGGCCUCUCGGGCCGUCGCGACGUUUCGAGCUACCAUCCUUUCUGGGUGCGCCGACAGCAGUACCAGCACGAGGACGACUGGGAUUAUGAUGACUAUUGA